AUGGAUCUGCCGCCGAACCUCACCUACUUUAUCCUCCCCACCCCCGCCCCUCUGGAGACCAACCGCAGCGUCGACGCCGAAGACCCGCGCGCCAGUCUGCCCCUGGUCUCCGUCUUCGGCGUGCUCGUCCUCACCUUGCUGGGCUUCCUGGUGGCCGCGACGCUCGCCUGGAACCUGCUGGUGCUGGCGACCAUUCUCCGCGUGCGCACGUCCCAUCGCGUUCCGCACCACCUGGCGGCAUCCACCAUUUCGGACGUGCUGGUGGCUGCUCUCAUGCCGCUGAGCCUGGUGCACGAGCCGUCCGGGCGCCGCUGGCAGUUGGGCCGGCGGCUGUACCAGCUUUGGAUCGCAUGCGACGUGCUCUGCCGCACGGCCAGCAUCUGGAGUGUGACGGCCAUCGCGCUGGACCGCUACUGGUCCAUCACCCGUCACCUGGAAUACACGCUCCGUGCCCGCAAGCGCAUCUCCAACGCAACGAUCACGCUCACCUGGGCGCUCUCCGCAGUCCUCUCCCUAGCCCCGCUGCUCUUCGGCUGGGGGGAGACCUACCCUGAGGGCAGCGAGGAGUGCCAGGUGAGCCGCGAGCCCUCCUACACCGUGUUCUCCACCGUGGGCGCCUUCUACCUGCCGCUCUGCGUGGUGCUCUUCGUAUACUGGAAGAUCUACAAGGCGGCCAAGUUCCGCGUGGGCCCCUGGAAGGCCAACAGCGUCUCCCCCGUUUCCGAAGCUGUGGAGGUGAAGGCCUCCGCUCGGCAGCCCGAGAUGGUGUUCACCGUCCGCCACGCCACUGUCACCUUCCAGACAGAAGGGGCCACGUGGAGAGAACAGAAGGAGCAGAGAGCCGCCCUAAUGGUGGGCAUCCUCAUUGGGGUGUUUGUGCUCUGCUGGAUCCCCUUCUUCACCACGGAGCUCAUCAGCCCCCUGUGCUCCUGUGACAUCCCCGCCACCUGGAAGAGCGUCUUCCUGUGGCUCGGCUACCCCAACUCCUCCUCCAACCCCCUGAUCUACACGGCCUUCAACAAGACCUACAACAGCGCCUUCAAGAGCUUCUCCAGGCGCCAGUGA